CGGCGGGGCGGAGCGGGUGGCACGGCCCGGAACGGCUCGGUACAGCCGGGUACAGCUCGGUACAGCUCGGUACGGCAUGGCGAGCAUCCCCGCCGGGCUUUUCGCCGUCUACAAGCCCCCGGGGGUGUCGUGGUGCCGCGUCCGGGACGCGGUGCGGGCGCGGCUGCUGCGCGAGCUGAACGAGGCCCCCGAGCCCCCCCCGAGGCAGCGCAUCCGCUUCUUGCCCACAGCCCCCGGUGCCGGUGGGGAGCCGGGCUUGGUGCCCGCAUGGGUGCCGGUGCUGGCCGAGCACCCCCUCGUCCGAGGUCCCCGGUUCAGGCAGCUGAAGGUUGGCGCUGGUCACCGGCUGGACGUGAAGGCCUCCGGAGUCUUCGUGCUUGGCGUGGGCCACGGGAACAAGCUGCUCACGGAUCGCUACCACUGCCACCUCACCAAGGUUUACACCGUCGGUGGGCUGUUUGGGAAAGCUACUGAGGACUUCUCGGACACCGGGAAGCUAGUAGAGAAGGCGACGUUUGAUCAUAUCACAAGGGAGAAGCUGGAACGGAUUCUCGCUGUCAUUCAAGGAACGAAUCACAAGGCCCUGCUGCUGCAUUCUAACAUUGAUAUGAAAACACAGGAGGCCUAUGAGCUGGCUGUCAAUGGUUUGAUUCGCCCCAUGGGGAAGAGCCCUCCGAUAAUCACAGCAAUCCGGUGCCUCCAGUUUGCGCUUCCAGAAUUCCAGCUAGAAAUCCACUGCGUGCACGAGACUCAGCAGUACCUCCGAAAAAUUGUUCACGAGAUCGGUCUGGAGCUGAAAUCAUGUGCUGUGUGCACCCAAGUGCGAAGAAUACGCGAUGGUGUUUUCACACUGGACGACGCUCUCCUGAGAACGCAGUGGAACCUGCAGAGCAUACGGAACGCAAUUUCGGACUGUCAGCUUAAAGUGAGAGAGGAGUUGGAGAAAACGCUGGGCCAUCAGGAUAAAAGCGUUCCUAAGAUGGCUGCUGAGGUGGCCCACGAACACCACAAGCAAUCUCUGUAGCACAAUAACGUCGCUGCACGCUGACAGAAUGAUGGACAGCAGAAAGAAGGAGGUUAAUUGCAGUUCACUUCCACCCUUUCCUUGAGAUGACUUUAAUCAGAGAGGCAUUUUUUCAUUGACAGGCUGUAUCUUUUUUUUUUAUUAAGCAUUGCAAACAGUUCAUUAACAGGAGUUAGCCGUGCCAAAAUUCCUGUUGACUUCAGGAUUAUUAGGUUGCCAGGGGAUAGAGAAACCCAUUCCCAAAUUGUUGAGCAGCAGGAAAUACAGACAGCAUCUUACAGAGCCGUAUUCCCUUGAUUGCACAGAUCUGUUUGUUCCUUGCAACCAGCAGCAUAACUUAUCUACUGCACAAAUUUUUAUUUUCCCCCAUGUUCUCGUAGCAGGAGUGUUUUCCUUACAUCAGCCCCACUUUCAGACACACAAGAGCCCAAAAUCAGAUUAGGAGGCAGUGAAGGAGAAAACACAGCUUCCUUGAAGCAACACAGGGAAAUGGCUAUAACACGGAGUAGGCAUGUGUGGUGGGGAAAGGGGCUUGUAGAGAACUGAUACAAAGAUGAUUUAAACAUAAGAAUAAAACUGAGAGCGACCCCAGGGGAAAGAGACUGUUACAGGGUGCAAUACUUACAAAAACCACUGAUUCAUUAAAAAAAGCUUUUUUUUUUUUUUAUACCGAAGGUAUUCAGGGGUCUGUGGUAUCCUGCCCUUUAGCAGCUGCCUGCAGUCAGCACGUACUGCUCUUCCAUGAAACGAAGUUCUGUAAUACCAGUUGUUUUCUAUUAGCUCAUUAGAUGUGGACUGGAUUUAGCAGAAAUAAACUGUGUAAGUUUAAAUGAAAA